GUCAGAGAUACAAUCCUCAGCAUUCAGCGAACAACAUUACGAGCUAUCCACUUACGUCCUCACCAACCCUAUCUAUCACAUUUCUUUCACUCCGUACCUAUCUCCUCUAGACGCAGCACUUCUCACAGCCCACAAUGUCCGGAUAUGACCGAGCUCUUUCAGUGUUCAGCCCCGACGGGCACGUCUUCCAGGUGGAAUAUGCCAUGGAAGCUGUGAAGCGAGGAACCUGCGCUGUCGGAGUAAAAGGCAAAGAUGUCGUCGUCCUGGGCUGCGAGAAGCGGUCUGCCCUUAAGCUUCAAGAUACCCGCAUCACACCGUCGAAGAUUGCCCAACUGGACAAUCACGCCGUUCUCGCUUUUGCUGGACUGAACGCCGACGCCCGUAUUCUCAUUGACAAGGCCAGAUUAGAAGCCCAGUCGCACAGACUGACCGUCGAGGACCCCGUUACCAUCGAAUACAUUACCAAAUACAUUGCUAGUGUGCAGCAGCGGUACACGCAGAGCGGCGGUGUCCGGCCUUUCGGUAUCAGUACUCUGGUUGUAGGAUUUGAUCCCAAUGAUAAUGUACCUCGACUAUACAUGACCGAGCCUUCGGGGAUCUACUCUGCUUGGAAAGCAAAUGCUAUUGGUCGUUCCAGCAAGACCGUGCGCGAGUUUCUUGAGCGGAAUCACCAAGACGAUAUGGACCGGGAACAGACGAUCCUCCUUACUAUCAAGUCGCUGCUGGAGGUGGUGCAGACCGGCGCCAAGAACAUCGAGGUGGCUAUCAUGGCCCCCGGCAAGACGAUCGAGAUGUUGCCUGACGAGCAGAUCGAGGCCUACGUCAAGAGCAUAGAGACAGAGAAGCAAGAGGAGGCCGCGAAGAAGAAGACUGGUCGGACCGGAACCACAACGGCGGCCAUCCUGACGCGGCCCGGUGGUGGAGAGACUGGGGAGUCGACCCGGGAGUCGGCUGACUGAGACUCUAUACGGGACAUGUGCAGCUACGAGACCUAACUACAACUUUUCUCCUUCGAAUUCAUGAGACUUGCGCAGCGUCAUGCUCCUGAAGAAAUGUGCACAAUAUUGUAG